UAACUGAGACUCCACAAAGAUUAGUAACACACUGUUGCUUUAGGCAGCGUUUUAUUUCAGUAAAUCCAGCAGUUUAUUGUUCAUGUAGUUUAACGUUAGUAUUCAACCCGUGAGCCUGACGUUACUCUGAAACUGUCAGCCGAGGGAAAUGACACGGCAACGGCAAAACUUAAUGCUGGCUUGCGGGGAUUUGAAGUUGACUGUGUCGCUUAUGCGCUGAAGGAGUGAACGGCAGCAGAAGCGAGAGACUGAAGUUUAUUACAGUUUCCUCGAUAACAAAAAGCGGGGGGGACCACGUUUGUUUUUGGACGAUUAUUCGACGCCAUCGCACAGUUAAAGGCCUGGAAGCGAUUCGGGGUACAAGACAUGCUCCACCGCUGUGUUCGUGUUGUUAAAGGACAUGGACCGCGGGGAAGGGCAAUUUGAGUAACACUGACUCAAAUCGAUUAUUUCAUCAGAUCACCGACAACAGAGUUGAUCAAUCCAAAUAACUGUAAAGGCGUCUUUGGGUCAAGGUACCAUGGAUGUCUUUCAACGGCCAAGCAGUGAAAUCCAGAGAAGGAACCCUCAGCAUGACUUCGAGCUCAUUCAGAGGGUGGGAAGUGGAACAUAUGGAGACGUGUAUAAGGCUCGAAACAUAAAAACAGGAGAGCUUGCUGCUGUGAAGGUCAUAAAGUUGGAACCAGGGGAUGACUUUUCCAUCAUACAGCAGGAAAUCUUCAUGGUGAAGGAAUGCAAGCACCACAAUAUUGUGGCCUACUUUGGGAGCUACCUCUGUCGAGAGAAACUUUGGAUAUGCAUGGAGUACUGCGGGGGAGGAUCGCUGCAGGACAUCUAUCAUGUGACUGGACCACUGUUGGAGCAACAAAUAGCAUAUGUCUGCAGAGAGACCUUACAGGGUUUGGGAUAUCUGCACAGCAAGGGCAAGAUGCACCGUGAUAUCAAGGGUGCUAACAUACUGCUGACAGACAACGGAGAUGUGAAGUUGGCUGACUUUGGAGUUGCAGCCAAAAUAACAGCCACCAUUGCCAAAAGAAAGUCCUUUAUCGGAACACCUUAUUGGAUGGCUCCAGAAGUAGCUGCAGUGGAGAAGAACGGGGGCUACAACCAGCUGUGUGAUAUCUGGGCUGUUGGCAUCACCUCCAUAGAGUUGGCUGAGCUACAGCCUCCAAUGUUUGACUUGCAUCCAAUGAGGGCCUUGUUUUUGAUGUCGAAGAGUAGCUUCCAGCCUCCGAAGCUAAAAGACAAAAACAAAUGGUCAGCUGCCUUCCAUAACUUUAUUAAAGUGUCCCUAACAAAGAACCCAAAGAAGCGGCCCAAUGCAGAAAAACUUCUGGGGCAUUUGUUUGUGUCUCAGACGGGUUUGACAAGGAGACUUGCCGUGGACCUUCUUGAUAAGAUGAACAACCCAGACAACCACCAACAUUUUGGUGAAAUAGACGACGAUGAUCUUGAGUUUCAGCCAAACCAUGAAAUCAGACACACCAUCCGCUCCACCAACAAACACGCCAGAGCUGAGAGGACGCGCUCAGAGAUAGACUCAAACAAUGGAAAAGACCAAAGAGGGCCAUUCUCAAGUCCUAGCUUCACUGAGGGACACAGGGGGGAUGCAGUUAACAAGCUCCAGUUCGAAGCACCAGUACAGAAGGAAACUGCGGCUCAUUAUGAAAUGGAUGUGAACAAGGAUAAUGACUUCUCUUCCCACUGGAGUCCCUUUGCAGAGGGAGGAAUAACAACCAGGAGCCUUCUCAAAAGCGUUGAGGAUGAAUUGUUCCAACGGGGACAUGUCGCCCAUCUUGAAGAUGCCUUUGAAGAUGCAGAGCGAUCAACCAUCAAGCCAGGUGUUCCUCCUCCUCUACCUCCAAAGCCACGUUUAAGCAGCUCAUCAGAGGAAAUGGGCCUUAAUGAUGAGAAGUCUCUGACAGUAAAGAGGUUCCCUAACUCUGAAAAUGGACCUAGCCAAGUGGCUCGCAGACAGAGCACACCCGAGCAGGGCAACAAGGUGGAGCACUCAUCUCCAGAUUUCCUGUCAGUCAGCGUCAGUAGCCCUGGCCUUUUGUCUCACUCUUCAGAUCCUGCUCUCAGUAAAUCUGAACGUACAGAUAAUGAUUCAGAUGGCAGUGUAAAUGGAGGAAGUCCCAAGCCACCAUCUGACCAACAACACCAGAAGGAGAAAAAGGAAUUCCCUAAACCAGCUAUCAACGGCCUGCCACCCACUCCUAAAGUGCUGAUGGGAGCCUGUUUCUCUAAAGUGUUUGAUGGCUGUCCAUUGAAGAUCAACUGUGCCACAUCAUGGAUUCAUCCAGACACCAAAGAUCAGUACCUAAUCUUUGGGACAGAAGAUGGCAUCUAUACUCUGAAUCUCAAUGAGUUGCAUGAAGCUACAAUGGAGCAGCUCUUCCCAAGGAGAUGUACGUGGCUGUACGUUAUCAACAACAACCUGAUGUCUUUAUCAGAAGGUAAAUCCUUCCAGCUGUACUCGCACAAUCUCAUCGGGCUAUUCGAGCAGCUGAAGAAGCCCGGCCUGGCUGCUCAGUUCCAGACUCAUCGCUUCCCUUUGCCCAAGAGAUUUGCCUUGACAACUAAAAUCCCUGACACAAAGGGCUGUCACAAGUGCUGCAUUGUGAGAAACCCAUAUACCGGCCACAAGUACUUGUGUGGAGCACUUUAUUCUGGGAUUGUUCUGUUGCAGUGGUAUGAGCCCAUGCAGAGAUUUAUGCUCAUCAAGCACUUUGACUUCCCUCUUCCCAACCCGCUAAAGGUGUUUGAGAUGCUGGUGGUUCCAGAGCAGGAGUAUCCUCUGGUGUGUGUGGCCCUCAGUGAGGGCACAGAGCCGGGUCAGGUGGUCUGCUUUGACACACUCAACCUGAACUCCUGCUCCUCCUGGUUCACAGAGAUAGGUGCAUGUACUCAGCAGGUGGAUGCAAUCCAUGUCACCCAGCUGGAGAGAGACACAGUGUUGGUGUGUUUGGACCAAAAUGUGAAGAUUGUUAAUCUCCUGGGAAGACUGAAGUCCAACAAGAAGCUGGCUUCUGAGCUCAGCUUUGACUUCUGCAUCGAAUCUGUUGUGUGCCUUCAAGACAGCGUCCUGGCCUUUUGGAAACAUGGCAUGCAGGGAAAGAGCUUCAAGUCUAAUGAGGUGACCCAGGAGAUUUCUGAUCCAAGCAGAGCCUUCCGCCUCCUUGGAUCUGACAGGGUGGUGGUGUUAGAGAGCCGACCGACCGAAAACCCCACGGCCUUCAGCAACCUCUACAUUUUAGCAGGUCACGAGAACAGUUACUGAUCCACAGCCAGAGACUCGUCAGGUCUUUGAAAAGUGGAUAAGAUGCCUCACUUUUGGGAGAAAAUGACACUUUUUGACCUGCGUGUCUGUUAAAAGAAGCGUCUGGUGUGAAAGAGUUUUUUUUUUGGGAGAUUUUGUUACUGAUCACAGGAUCUGCAGGUCAGUAAAUGAAGAGCCUCUUCAGUCCGGAUUCAUACGUAGCCUUACACCAGCAAGAUGUUAACUGUAGCCUCCUUCAUCUCAAACAUUGAGAGGACUGUUACGAAGCAGGAGGAGAAGCAUGAAAAGCUCGAAUAAUCAUCAUUGCUUAGCGUUAUUUUUUCUCACUUUUCUGUACUGUGGACUGAGUUACAAACAAGUUAUGUAGAGGUAUUAUAAGACAAGUGCCAUUAAAAUUCACAAGAAUUGUGAUUGUAUUAGGAAACAUGGGAGGUUUAUUGUGUUAUUGUCUGUCAUUAAUAAUUACUGCCAGAGGUAAGCAUUUAGUAGGCUUGAGAGGAGAUUUUACAAGCUCUGUAGUGAAAUUAAUAGAUCAGUUGAAAAAGAAACCCACGAGUAUUGUGGGUUAUUUAAGCAAUAUUUAUUAACCUCAUCUUCCAUAAGAGGGUAUGUUUGAUUUAUACACUGUGACAGCAGUCUGUGUGUGAAAAUUAACUACCUAAGCAGCUUUGGGUUAUUUUUACUGCUUUGUAAUAUAGUUGCAUCUCCUGCUCUGCUGCAUUUUUAGAAACUGGAUAUAAUGUACAUGGUUUUUCUUUCCUUUACCCUCCUCUUUUAUAGACCUUUUACUUAUUAUUUGCACCAUGUAAGCACUUUUGUACAUUUUUAUUUAAAAUAAGACAAAAUGAGGGACUGCUAGGAUUUAUUAACAUCUCUGCAUU